AAAUUUUUCAUUAAUAUCCAAAGAUAAACGUUAAAAACAACUUUUUUUUUUUUUCUCAAAAAAAUUAAAAUAAAUAUAAAUGAAAGAAAAAGACAUAUAGGAACGAAUGAUUUCAGGUCAAACCUGUAAUUCUUCGUCUGACGUCAUUACAUCUAGUGGCGACGAAGUCUCUGCGAAAGCUCUCUCUUUCUCUUUCACACUCUCUCUCCUCUUUUACAGUUCAUCCGCGUCAAGCUUUUCUUUCCUUCCAUCUUUUUAAUUUUUUUUUUCUCUGAUUCACUUUGUUGUGAUUUCUCUCUCUUCUCUUCGCAUGGCGGAGCGCGGAUCGUACGGUAUCAGCCCUCGAUUAGACAUUCAACAAUUAUUAUCUGAGGCACAACAUCGUUGGUUGCGACCAGCUGAAAUUUGUGAAAUUCUUCGUAACCAUCAAACUUUUCGUAUUUCACCAGAGCCCCCAAGCAGGCCACCAAGUGGUUCACUAUUUCUGUUUGAUCGGAAUGUUUUAAGAUACUUUAGAAAGGAUGGACAUAACUGGAGGAAGAAAAAAGAUGGAAAGACCGUGAAAGAGGCUCAUGAAAAAUUAAAGGUUGGAAGCGUUGAUGUGCUCCAUUGCUACUAUGCUCAUGGAGAAGAUAACGAAUAUUUUCAGAGGCGGAGCUAUUGGAUGCUUGAAGAGGAUAAGAAUAUCGUCUUUGUUCACUAUUUGGAAGUGAAGGGAAAUAGAACAAAUGUUGGAGGCAUUAGAGAGACUGAUGACAGUUCAUCAAGUCUCCGAGAGGGCAGCCCUCAGACUUCUAGUUCUUCUACAAGUCAAUACAAAGCUCCUUCAGGAAGCACAGAUUAUACAAGUCCAAGUCCAAACAGCUGUUUGACAUCGUUGUGUGAAGAUGCUGAUUCAGGGGAUAUUCACCAAGCAAAUUCCAGAUUGCCCCCAUUUGCUGAGUCACGACAACUACAAUUUGGGGAUAAACCACUAAUGAAUAAUCUGGACUCUGGUUUCUCUCUGCAUCACAGUUCAAAUCAUCGUAAAGAGCAGUCAUCAAUUCAUGUAGAAGAUUACAUUCCCCAAUUUAAGGAAGAAACACCUAAUUUUACUAAUCCUGUGGCUGGCUCUCAAAACUCACUUGGUUUGGGAACCUGGGAAGAGAUUUUGGAACAAUGCAGUACAGGUUAUAAUACUGUACCUUCUCAUGUAUCAGUAUCACCCAGCCAACAUGCUUUUGUGGGAGUUGCACAUGAACGAGAAAAUGUGAUACAAGGCAAGUUCUUGGCUCGAGAAAUUGUCAAAGAAGAGCUUGAGAAUUCUCUGCCGAGCGACUCAACUUGGCAGUUUUCUUCUGGAGACAACGUGCCAUCUCACCUUAAAGGGUUGGUGGAACAGUCAUCAAAUUUGGACUUGUCCUUUGACAUUGGACACAUAUUGUUUGAGAAAAAUACUCUUGAUUCUAACUUGAGUACUCCUGAUCAGUUUAGUACUCAUCAUGGUCAGCAAAAUGAGAGGCGUGUGCAGAACGACCUACAAGUACAGUUUACAAAUAUGGAGUCUCAAUCUUCAAUGCCAUAUAAGUUCGAUAACAAUAUAAAUACGGAUGGAAAUGUAAAUUAUAAUUUCACUUUAAGACAACAACUACUGGAUGGUGAAGAAGGUCUGAAGAAAGUCGACAGCUUUUCUCGGUGGAUCAGCAAGGCACUUGGGGAUGUAGAUCUGCAAAUGCAGUCCUCUUCUGGCAUCCCCUGGAGCACUGUUGAAUGUGGGAGUGCGGAUGAUGAUUCAUCAUUGAGCCCUUCUAUUUCCCAGGACCAGCUCUUCACCAUUAUCGAUUUUUCUCCAAAAUGGGCCUUCACAGACUCACAGCCAGAGGUUCUGGUAUUUGGAAAUUUUUUAAAGAGUCAACAAGAGGUGGCAAAAUACAGGUGGUCCUGUAUGUUUGGAGAGGUGGAGGUUGCUGCAGAGGUUUUAGCAUAUGGGAUUCUUUGUUGCCAAGCUCCACCACACAGGGAUGGUUUGGUUCCGUUCUAUGUUACCUGUUCCAACAGGUUAGCUUGUAGUGAGUUGAGGGAGUUUAAUUAUAAGUUUGGCUCUACUAAAGAUAUAGAAAUCACAGAUAUCUAUGAUGGCAAUACAAUUGAGCUUUCUCUUCACCUUAGACUUGAGAAAUUACUGUCACUUGCUGUAAACCCUUCAAGCUUCUCCUUUAAAAUUGUCACGGAGAAACGAAACUUGAUUAAUAAGAUUAUUUCACUGAAGGAGGAAGAUGAAGGUUACCAGCAGGUAGACCAAACAAACGAUACUGGUUUCUCCCAAUAUGAGGUGAGAGAUCAUCUACUUACUAAGCUGAUGAAAGAGAAACUGUACUCGUGGCUUCUUCACAAAACAAUCGAAGAUGGUAAAGGGCCAAAUAUAUUAGAUGAUGACGGGCAAGGUGUGUUACAUCUAGCAGCUGCUCUCGGUUAUGACUGGGCAAUUAAGCCAAUUGUCACGGCAGGAGUUAGCAUUAAUUUCCGUGAUAUUAACGGUUGGACUGCGCUUCAUUGGGCAGCAUUCUAUGGCAGGGAGCAGACAGUUGCAUAUCUUGUCUCUCUUGGGGCAGCUCCUGGAUUUGUGACUGAUCCAUCUCCAGAAUUCCUGUCUGGUAGAACACCGGCAGACCUAGCAUCUGUUAAUGGACACAAAGGUAUCUCUGGUUUCCUUGCAGAGUCUUCCUUAACAAGUCACCUUUCUUCCCUGGAACUUGUUGAUUCAAAGGAAGAUGGUGUUGUCGAAAGUUCUGCUACGAAAGCUAUCCAAACCGUUUCAGAAAGAACAACAACUCCUAGGACUUACGGUGAAAUGCCAGAUGCACUUUCACUGAAGGAUUCACUUACUGCUGUUCGUAAUGCCACACAAGCUGCUGAUCGUAUACAUCAAAUGUUCCGGAUGCAGUCAUUAGAGAGAAGACGAUUAAAUGAGUAUGGUGAUGAUGGACUAUUAGAUGAGCGAGCUCUUUCACUUUUGGCUGGGAAGUCAAGCAAGGCUGGACCAAAUGAUGGGCAAACUCAUACUGCUGCUGUACAAAUACAGAAAAAAUAUCGGGGUUGGAAGAAGAGAAAAGAGUUCCUGAUAAUUCGGCAAAGAAUUGUUAAAAUACAGGCCCAUGUAAGAGGACACCAGGUAAGGAAACAGUAUAGAGCAAUCACCUGGUCAGUAGGGAUCCUGGAAAAGGUUAUAUUGCGUUGGAGACGUAAAGGGAGUGGUUUGCGGGGAUUUCGACCUGAUGCAGUUAAUAAAGAGUCAGUCAUGCAAAGUUUACCCUUAAAAGAAGAUGAUUAUGAUUUCUUUAAGGAAGGACGGAAGCAAACAGAGGAAAGGUUACAAAAGGCACUUACUAGGGUAAAGUCAAUGGUUCAAUAUCCAGAGGGACGAGCUCAGUAUCGCAGAGUGCUAAAUGUUGUUGAAGGGCUACGAGAGACCAAGACGGAUUUUACAAUGAAUGAAUCAGAAGAAACAACUUAUGACGACCUGAUUGAAAUCGAUAAGUUGUUGGACGAUGAUAGUUUCAUGUAUGCAUAAGAGUGAGGAAUGUGUCUCUUAAUCUGUGUAUGUUUACCUGAUCAGCCCAACCUGUAGGUCUGUAAAUACACCAGGGCUGGUUUCUUCAAUGAUUUCAAUAUCUUACCUAAUCUUGUGUGUAGAUGUAAUUUGUUAACCAAAUUAGUCAAAUCAGUUAGAUAAUGUUCUUAGCAGGUUUGUUAGUUUAGAGAUCAAACUAGCAUAUAAAUAUUUUUUUUUUCCAUCUUACCGAGUUCAAAUAUGAUUGUAAUUUUAAUAUAUGGUGCUUUUAUUAGGACA